AGGCCUCUUUAGUGUCCUAAGUUUUCAUAACUGUGACCUUAAUUGCCUACUGUCUGUAAGCUGGGUCUUAACGACCGUUCCACAGGUGAAUGUUCAUUAACUGUUCAUGGUUCAUUGAACAAGCAUGGGAAACAGUGUUAAACCCUUUACAAUGAAGAUCUAUUAAGUUAUUUGGAUUUUUACGAAUUAUCUUUGAAAGACAGGGUCCUGAAAAAGGGACGUUUCUUUUUUUUUGCUGAGUUUACAUACAUCAAUGAUGACAAUAAUGUAAUAUUAUGGCAUUGUACUGCUUAACUCUAUUCCGUUAUUAUUACGUUGCACUUUAUAUUGCUAUACAAUUCAUGAAGUCACGGAAACUGUGGUUUAUUUUCUGUGAAUUGUUUCUCUGUGUCCUUACUCACAGGAGAGAAAUAUUGUGUUUUCUCCAAACAAGACAAACACUUUGACAACUUUUCACAAAGUAAAACAUUGCACUUGUGUAGCCUACAACUUAGUGUGAAAGCUUUGACAUCCCUGUCAGCUAGCACGUAGAUUUACACACUGUAACGCCCUGGUUUUUGUUCUUUAUUUUGGUUAGGCCAGGGUGUUACAUUGGGUGGGCGUUCUAUGUUCAUUUUCUAUGCUGUCUGUUUCAUUGAUUUUGGCCGUGUGGCUUCCAAUCAGGCACAGCUGUUGUUGGUUGUUGCUGAUUGGGAGUCACACAUAAGUGCCUGUUUUUCCGUUGGGGUUUGGUGGGUAAUUGUUUCUGUUAGAUUAUUUCCUAACAGGACUGUUUUGCUGUCGUGUUUUUGUUCAGUUUUGUAUAGUGUUCUUACGUUAAUUAAAAUCAUGAUGAACACUAACUCCGCUGCGCCUUGGUCUACUCUCUCUCCCGACAGCCGUUACACACACACACAUUCACACUGUGGUUUGUUGUUGGUUAUUUCUCUCUUGUUUUUCACUGCACUAACAUCUGAUUUGCGUUUUCGCUGUCAUCGCUUCAUUUAUGAAAUAACUUUUUGAAAGAGCUCAUGCUGUAAUAUCUAAUGAAAUGAAUCAGGUCUUUAAUUUUGCGGUGUGGUUCACCAUCACUCAAAUUCAUCUUCUCCAGAACUGUUCAAUUAUCUGACUACAAAUACAUGACAGCAGAUGUUGAGAGAGUUUGUGGCAGCAAAAAAUAAAGCUAGGACUUUGCUUACCGGUACUUUUGUUUUGGUAACACUAAUUACAAGCCUGUAAGCCCCAUAUGGUUUCUAAACCCAGUUAUAUUAGUAAGAAUGCUGUACUCUGUUAUGAUUGAGCAAAUUAGGUGUGUUUCUCUCGCUCUCUCUCCCUCCCCUCUCAUUCUCAUUCUGUCAUUCUCUCUCUCUCUCCCUCCCUCCCUCAAUCUCAAAAAAUAACACCCUCCUUGUGAUGUGCUAUGAGUCAGAGUUCCCAAAAACACAGCGGAGGAUACGGACCAGUAGCUACAGCUCACUGCAGUAGAGGAGACAAGCAGAGGCGAUACAGAUAUUCCUCCAGUAUGGAUCUGACCGAAGAGGAUGACUAUGAUUACCACAACAACCUCACCCUGAACUACAGCUACGAGGACUACCACACCGUGUGUGAGAAGGCUGACGUGCGCUCCUUCGCUGGCCUCUUCCUCCCUGUGGUGUACGGAGCCUGUGUGGUGGUAGGGCUAGCCGGUAACUCCUUGGUGCUAGCUGUGUACGCCUACCACACACGUCUGAGAAGAACCAUGACGGAAGCCUUCCUAGCCCACUUGGCCGUAGCCGACCUCCUCCUCCUCCUCACCCUGCCCUUCUGGGCUGCAGACGCGGCGCUGGGCUGGGAGCUGGGCCUGCCUCUCUGUAAGCUGGUCUCGGCCUGCUACGCCAUCAACUUCACCUGCUGCAUGCUGCUGCUAGCCUGUGUUAGCAUGGACCGCUACCUAGCAUCUGUUAGAGCGGAGGGCAGGAACCAGGGAAGGCUGGGCAGGGUCUUCACCCGGGCGCACUGUGGGAAGGUCUGCCUAGGGGUGUGGGCUGUGGCUUUCCUCCUGGGUCUUCCCGAUCUUCUGUUCUCCAGAGUAAGGGAGACCCCCGGGAGGAGGGUCUGCAUGACCGUCUACCCGCCCAGUCUGGCCCGGGAGGUCAAGGCCUGCCUGGAGGUGGUUGAGGUCUUACUGGGGUUCCUGGUUCCUCUCCUGGUUAUGAUGUGGUGCUACGCCGGCGUGGGGCGUGUGCUGAGGCGGCUGCCCGAGGAGAGCAGGGGCAGGAGGCGGAGAGCUAUCCGGGUGUUGCUGGUCGUGGUGGGGUUGUUCGUGGUCACCCAGUUGCCCUAUAACGCGGUGAAGAUGUGUCGGGCGAUGGACUCGGUCUACACACUGGUGACCCACUGUGGUGUGAGUAAGGCCCUGGACCGGGCGGCGCAGGUCACUGAGAGCCUGGCUCUGACCCACUGCUGUCUCAACCCACUACUCUAUGUCUUCCUAGGGUCUUCCUUCAGACAAUAUGUGCUGAAAGCAGCCAAGGCAUUUGGAGAAAGGACGAAGAGGAGAAGGGGGGAGCAGAGAGAGGACGAAGGAAUGGAGAUGUCCUUCAACUCUCACAACACUGCCUCUCAGGAAACCAGCACCUUCUCCAUAUGAGAGAGAGAGAGAGAGAGAGAGAGAGAGAGAGAGAGAGAGAGAGAGAGAGAGAGAGAGAGAGAGAGAGAGAGAGAGAGAGAGAUGAUCUCUUUGGCUAACACCUUUGUAUCACAUGAGAUUCUAGCACUUCUAUAGCAUGAGGACCUCCUCAACCCACCAAAUACACGCCUCCCCUCAAGAAGGCCAGUCUGGAAAGAUCCACCCAAUGAUGACUUCAACAGAAAUCUGACCUAGACACAAUGGGAGUUACUGGACCUGACAAAUAAUCACCUCAUCGCCAAGCAACAGCCCCCUGGUUUCAACCUCCCCAGGAAGGAGGGAUUCACCCUCAAUAGGUUCAGGACUGGCCACGGCCCAUGCCUCGCCAACCUCCACCAAUGGGGCAUGAAAGAAAGCCCACUAUAUGCCUGUGGUGUGGCGCAAACCCUGCACCACGUUCUUGAAUUCUGUCCAAUCUACAAACUCAGCGGAGGCCUACUUACUCUUAACACAGUGGGACUGGAAGCAAUAACAUGGCUAAAAGAUCUCAUUCAUAGUCUUGCUUCAGUGUAUUAAGAAGCUAUCAGUGCUGUAUAACCAGAUGCUUUAGUAUCAUUAAUACUAUAUAUCUGAUGCUAUGGAAUUAUUGAGCCCAACCAGAGGAAGGGUAAGGGCCAGCCUGGUCCCAGAUCUGUUUGUAAAUGUGCUGUCGUGGCAGCUCCUAUGGUCAUUGUCAAGAGGAAGUGACAAAACAGCACAAACAGAUGGGAUUAGGCUAAGGAGAAGCAUUCCAGUUAUCAGAAAGGAUCUAGCAUUAAAAAAAAAUAGUAGAUUCAUGCUCUACCCUGCAUCUUGAAACCACAUUUUUGUUUCGACACCAGCCCUUGUCCUCAGACAUGUGGUUGACAAUGACCUUAGGGGUAGCGAAGUGUUUACAUUCCUGUCUUUUUCUAUCAAAACAACAACAAGUUCCAGACGUUAAUUAAAGUGACGUUAUAGGGGA